CCCGCUUUUUGACUGUACAGAGCCGGGCGCUGGAUGUGGCCAUGCAGAGUUCCGAUUCAGAGCAACCCCCUAAGCGGGCACGAUGCGACAGCAGCCCGAGAACGCCGCCAAACACCCCUAUCGUAGAGGCGAAGGGGUCCCCACGCCUCGCGCUCCAUUGGAACCAUAAGACCUGGGAUCCGGAGCAGGUGUGCUGUUUCCUGCAGCACUGUGGCAUCAGUAACUCGGACCUGCUGCAGCGCUUCCGAGAAAAUAAAAUCACAGGUUCAUUACUGCCCUUUCUUGAUGAUUCUCAUCUUGAUGUUCUUGGAAUAAGUUCUUUGAAUGAAAGACAGAAAGUGAUGAAUUGUAUCCAAGGCCUGGGUCGACCUCAUGUUCAUACAGUGAAGGUAAUUAAUGAUCCUAUCCAUGGCCACAUUGAACUCCACCCUCUCCUCAUUCGAAUCAUUGACACGCCUCAAUUUCAGCGGCUUCGUUAUAUCAAACAGUUGGGAGGCAGUUACUAUGUUUUUCCUGGAGCUUCACACAAUCGAUUUGAACAUAGUCUAGGCGUCGGGUAUCUGGCAGGAUGUCUAGUUCGUGCACUGCGUGAAAAGCAACCUGAACUGCAGAUAAGUGAUCGGGAUGUGCUAUGUGUUCAGAUUGCUGGGCUUUGCCAUGACCUUGGUCACGGGCCAUUUUCUCAUAUGUUUGAUGGAAGAUUUAUUCCACUUGCUCGCCCAAGAUUAAAUUGGAAGCAUGAACUGGGCUCAGUUAAGAUGUUUGAACACUUAGUUAAUUCUAAUAAACUCAAAGAUGUCAUGGAAGAGUAUGGUCUCAUGCCUGAAGAAGAUAUUUGCUUUAUCACGGAACAGAUUGAAGGACCACGUGGAUCACCAGACAGUAAGUCUGAGUGGCCAUAUAAGGGACGUCCUAAGGAGAAAAGCUUCCUUUAUGAGAUUGUGGCAAAUAAGAGAAAUGGAAUUGAUGUGGACAAAUGGGAUUAUUUUGCCAGGGACUGCCAUCACCUUGGAAUUCAAAAUAACUUUGAUUAUAAACGCUUUGUUAAGUUUGCCCGCGUCUGUGAAGUGGAUAGUAGGAAACAUAUUUGUACAAGAGAAAAGGAGGUUGGGAAUCUGUAUGACAUGUUCCACACACGCAACUCUUUACACCGUAGAGCCUAUCAACACAAAGUCGGCAACAUCAUUGAUGCAAUGAUUACAGAUGCUUUCCUCAAAGCAGACAACUACAUAGAGAUUACAGGUACUGCAGGAGUAAAGUACCAUAUUUCUACAGCAAUUGAUGACAUGGAAGCCUUUACUAAACUAACAGAUAAUAUUUUUCUGGAGAUUUUACACUCUACUGAUCCCAGAUUGGAUGCAGCACGAGAGAUUUUAAAAAAAAUUGAAUGCCGUGAGCUAUACAAAUAUGUAGGCGAGACUCGGCCAGUUGAUAAAAAGGGGAGGUUUUCCCGGGAAGAAUCCAAAGCCCUUGAAAAACAGAUUGCUGAUACUAAACAGACAGAAGUGUUCCUGGAAACUGAACUGACGGCUGAGGAUUUCAUAGUGGAUGUUAUCAAUAUGGAUUAUGGAAUGGAAGACAAGAAUCCAAUUGAUCAUGUUCGCUUCUAUAGUAAGAGUGACCCCAGCAAAGCCACCAUGAUUACAAAAGAUGAGGUUUCACAACUUUUGCCAAAGAGAUUUGCAGAGCAGUUAAUUCGAGUUUAUUGUAAGAAGACAGAUGAAAAGAGUUUGUCUGCAGCACAACAACAGUUUCUUAAUUGGUGUAAAAACGAUAACAACGUUGGACCCCCAUCUUUCACACCUCUAAAACUGAACUUCAAUCACAGAGAUUCACCUAACAGUCCAGCUUGCUAUCGAGUACCACCCAGAGCCAAGGUCCAGCUUUUCCGAACCAACAAGAUGUGAAUGUCUGCAAUCAAUUCAUUAAUUUUAUUAAUCCAAAACAGUUUAUUAAUUUAGGGAAUUUGAUCACAAAGCUUGCUCUGCAAAUUUUUUGAAAACUUUUAUAUUUUGAAUGUAUACAUGUGCUAAAGCGAAGACAUUUUUAUUCAGAGAUACAUUGGGCAAAUCUUGCUGUAUGCAUGCUGUGAAAAGCAUUAUCUUGCCUGUUUUUAAUACCUUUUAAGGCCUCUCCUUUAGUCACCUAUUUUCUUAGAAUGACUGUUCCUUUUAGCCCUAUGACGUAUGAUUGUUUUUUAUUAUGUGCUUUUGUUUUUGUUUUUGUUUUUGUUUUUAAUGAGACAAAUGUGCACAAUGCAAUUUGACAUUGGGAUUGUCGUGAACAACCCUGGUUAAAAAGAAACCAUGAAAUCCUAGCCCUGAGAAGGUGCCCAUCUCCCCAAAUUUGAGGAUAGCUCUCUGUAAGUGAUCUAAACAUGAAAGACACCAUUUCCUCAACCCUUUUAACCCCUUGUAAGCUGCUUGAUAGUAGUUGAUAGGUGAGGGCCAGGGGUGGGGUGGGUUCGAGCUCCUGAAUACCUACUGCCCAAGUCCCAAGGGUUUUACCACUGGUCAGUCUGGAGAAGGCUCCCUCCUGACUAGCUCUGUCAUUUCCUUGAGCUGGUGAGAGGUCUUCACAGGAAUCAUCCUCAGGGCUACUCAGCAUUAAGGGUUCGUUUUUUGCUAAGUUGUUGGAUUUUAUGAGUUUCAGAGCAAAAACUGAUCUGUGUGUGCUGAGAUGAAUGAUUACCCCUAGAUUCUAGGAUCCUCUGUGGAACUUGAUGUUCCCAGCACUUAUUGCUUGUCCCCAGCUGUGGGAUAGCAGUGGUUGAACAAUAUUCCUGCGCUGAGAGCGCCCCUACACACACACACACACACACACACACACACACACACACACACACACACACACACACACACACACACACACAUCCUCAUUCUCAGUUCUACAGAAGUUCACUGAGAACAAAGUUAGUGCCAAAGCCAUGGUGGGUCAGAAGUUACAAGGCAGUGGGAAGUGUUAGUGACAUGUCCUUACACUCCCUUACAGGACCCUACUUGAUUGACCAGGAGUAGGGACCCUCCCUGGCUUGGUCAAAAGCAGGAAGGGAGGAGCUGAGACCCGGCAGGAGACUGACCUUGGAGUCUUAGAAUACUGCCACCUACCAUUAUGUAACCAGCUUCUGUUCUUUUGGCACUGGGGUGAAAACUGUGUGCCACUUGGGAUGUCUGCCGUUCUAUAUUAUCAUCCCCUCUCCAGCAUCCCACAGUAGAUAAUCAAGAGUUCAUUGUAAAUCAUUGGGGAAUAGUGAAAAUUAUGCUCUCCUUACCAUGAUGCUGUAAGGGUGAAGUGUGUUCAAAGAGAGGCUCACAGAAGCACAAAUGAGGUGUGCCCUUUUGGCUUAUGGUACCUCUAAAACAUUCAGUGAGGAGAACCAUUUGUUUCACCCCAAGGUUAAGAAUGUAAUGUUUAUCUGCUAAGAUUGUUUUAUUUUUGCAACUCCUGCCUUUAAAUAAUUUUUAUCUACUCUGUAAUUUUGUAGACCCAGUUACUGUAUCACUUUGCUAUCUGAAAAACACUUGAAUCUUUUUCAUUUCCAUCUUUUGUUACUUAUAAGGCAGCUGCACUUUAUGCUCUUUGCAACUGUUUGAAUUAUAAGAGAACCAUGUGUCACUUACAAAGUUAUACCUUUUUUCUUAAACAUCUUCGCUAUUAUAAAAAUGGAGACUGUAACAGCUUUAUCUCUAGAGUUACUGAACAUUGUCACCUUCAGAAUGUAAAUAGAAGUGCAAGUUAAAACGAUGGUUACUUCAUUUGGGCGAGGAACUAGCUGCAAUAAAACUUGAUGAUUGUAUUUCCAUCUUGAAA